AUGUCAUCAUCACCAAAAGUUGCAAUCCUUGGAUCUAAUGGAUUCUUAGCUAAGCCAGUUCUUGAUGCCUUUACCACUACAUUUAAAGAAAAGGUUGACUUCCCAAUUCUUGUUAUUACUCGUUCUGCAAAGGAUAAAGUUUCAACUGAUAAGAUUAAGUAUGUUGAACUUGAAUUAAUCGAAGAAAAUUUGGAAAAAUUAUACAAAGCACUUGAAAGUAUUGAUGUUAUCAUUGAAUUAACUCAAGUUACUCCACCAAUUAUUUCUAUUGUUGAAAAAGUUGUAUCACAUGUUAAGCCAAAAUUGUUUAUCCCUUCCCAAUUCGGAACUGAAUUAGAUAAGACCGAAGAAUACUUACCAGGAUUUUUAGGUAUCAAAGAUAAACAUUCUGAAACAAUCCGUAGUUUCGGAGUUAAAUCAAUCGAUAUCAUAACCUCUUUAUUUGCCACACCUGGUGCCUUUCUUUAUGAAAUUGUUGGAAGUGUUGGUGUUGAUGCGGAAGCUAAAACUGUUCAAUACAGAGGUGAUCCAGACUUGAAAUUCCCAGUUAGUAAAUUGGAAGACAUUGGUAAUGUGGUUGCAGCAAUUGCAACCAAUCCUAAUCCAACUGAACUUCCAAAUAAAAUUCGGAUUUAUUCCGAUUUGGUCUCACAAAGACAAGUGGUUGAAACUUAUGAAAAAAAUCAUAAUGUUAAACUUAGUGAAAAGGAAACUAUUAGCGCUGAAGAAUCUUUAAAAGAUGCAAAGCAAAGAUAUGCUAAAGGAUUUUCAUUUGCUGAUUUCUUGUUUUAUCUUCAUACUAUUUUAGCUCUUGGUGAAGAUAAAGGUUUGGGAUUUAGUAGUGAUGAAAGAGAACUUAUUAACCCAAAGCAAAGUUUAUGGAAAUGGGGUAAGUUUUGA